CACAGGGAGGGGGAUUUCUGCGUCUCAUCUCAGUGUUUGCCAAGAAUACUUCGCCCGUGUUCCAGCCCCUUCCUCUUCCUCUCCCACCACAUUUUGGCUUCAGUUCCAGGAAGAAGAAGAAAACAGAACCAGUCCUCAGCUUGCUUGUACCCUUUUCAUCGUGAAGGACUCUAGUUGACCUUCUGUGGAGGCAAACGAGGUAAAGGCCAUAGAAGUCUCCUGAAACCCCUUGAACAAUGCAGGAACCCUCUGAAGUCGGCCCCAUGGAACAGAACUUACCUCCACAUGCAAUGGAAACAACUGCUCAAGAGCUUCCACCCAACUAUCAGGACGUCCAGGCCAUCUAUCCAACUUCAAGGUCUCCUGCACCUCCGGGCAAUCUAGCUCCUCCACCCUACCCAACAACAUCAUCGAUGCCAGGAGGCCAACCACCUGUUAUGUACAACACUGCUUAUCCAGCCACCCAGGUGGUAACAGCUCAACCACCUGGUACCUACCCAGCCUACUAUUCAAGCGUUCCGGCCAACUUGACUCAACAGCAGCCGGUGUACACCCCACCUAUGGCUCCUCAGCCUCACUAUCCACCUACCAAUAUGCCUCCAUAUCCCAUAACUACAGCUCCUGGACCCCACCCUCAGUAUCAAUACCAACCACCACCAUAUCCAACAGCUACAGAUUUUGGAUAUCAGCAGCCAUACCCUGUCUACCAGGCAACCAAUGCCCCCAUGGCUGCUACCCAGCCUUUUGUGGGGAUGGCGUCCAGGCCAAAAGAUUAUCUUUGCUGGUCAAUCCUAAGUAUGAUCUUUUGUGUCUGCCCUCUUGGACUUGGUGCCGUAAUUUUCUCCAGAAAGACGAGCGACGCCGUGGCAAAGCAGGACUGGAUCUCAGCGAGAAGAUACUCCAGCACGGCGUUAAUGUUUAAUGUCGUGUCUCUGAUGUUUGGAGUCGUGUGUUACUUCGGCAUCAUUUCAUUCAGCAUUGUUAGAGCAUCCUUUUAAACCAAAACGGUGUCUUCAAAAACUCAGAGGACCCCCAAAAAAUCAUAAAGUUGUAUCCUCCGACCUGCUGUAUUGAUAGGACCUUCGAAAUUAGAAAAAUAAAAUUAUAUAUAUUU